AUGAAAUCGCAUGCAAGGCUGUAUCUAAAUUUAUGUCUAGAAUACAAGCAGCCCCUGGCACAUUCACUCGGCUGGCUCUCCCCAACAAAAACCGACGAACGCCCAGAUCGUGGCGGCGUUGUGGUUCUUAAGUGCCAAAUUUUGCUCACGGUUUGCCCGACGGCCUGCUCGGAGGAACGUCGGUUGGCUUUGGGCACAUUAACACGCAUGCCCGAUUUUGCGAUGCCGUCGGCUUUUACGUCUCAAAUUGAUAACCGCGUCGAACCGGUCCCGCGCGAAACUUGCUGUAUCCAAAGUCGCGCCUUUGAGCAACGCGGGUUGACGGUCUUGGAGGGAUCCGAGGUAGGAGCUGGCGUCUUCGCGAAGACAUUGGUUGGUCACAUCUCUCACACUCAAACGCUAGAUCAGAGCCGAGAUAAAAUCGUAACAACGAUAUACCACCUUUAA